CUGGAGUCCGUUUCCUUUACCUAGGGUGAAGUUUUCUGUCUUAUAAAUCAGAGCCAGCGGCUACUGUCGGUUAUUUGUGAAGGCUCUUCUGGCUUUUUUGUGACCGUUGUUAGACGACAGUGGGAGAGGGGUUAAAUCUGCUGUGUAGUGUUAUGUUUUAGGGAAAGUCCUAAAUGCAAAAGUUAAAAAUAAUUGUGUGUAUCUAAUGGCAUUGCUUUGUAUGAGUCACUGCAUGAGAAUAUUAUCAGAAUCGCUGAUAACUUCUAGAUAGCAAAGAAACUUCUGGAAUUAGUGACUUGCCUUUUUUUUUUUUUUAUAAGGUUUUUUUUUCAAUGUGAAACGAGGUUACCCGCAAAAUCAGUGUGUUUAAUACAAAAAAAAAUACAUUGUGGAAGAAUGAAGAUUCGUCAGAGGACUGAAGUUUUCUAAUAUAAGAUAUGGCUCGUGGACAGCAGAAGAUUCAGUCUCAGCAGAAAAAUGCCAAAAAACAAGCAGGACAGAAGAAGAAACAAGGACAUGACCAAAAGGCUGCUGCCAAAGCUGCCUUAAUAUAUACCUGCACUGUCUGUAGGACACAAAUGCCAGACCCUAAGACCUUCAAGCAGCACUUUGAGAGCAAGCAUCCUAAGACUCCACUUCCUCCAGAAUUAGCUGAUGUUCAGGCAUAAAGUUGUUUACAGGUGAAUUCAUGACACCUUUGACUCUUCUACUGUCUCAGACCUUAGGUAACAAACCUGCAGCUGCUUUUCUAACAAACUGUUGAUCAGCAAAAAAUAAAGGGGCUACAGAAACAUUCAUUUUUAUGCUGUUCCCUUUUGGGCUUCACGCAAAGACAAUUCUGUGUAAAUGUACAGUUGACUCUGAUUUGGAAAUCUGAAAAUCAGUCCAUCCUUGUUAUAAAAAUUUUUUUACAAUUGUAAUUAUAUUGAUGUUCAUAUUGUGUAAAAUAACUCAUUUAAUAAAGUAGUACUUUGAUUUACAACAUCAUAGGAUAAAUGGUUCUAGAAAUUCUGUUCUAACUUUCCACAUUAUUUGCCUUAUAAAAAAUCUAAUGAAUUCAUCAGCUAGAAUUGCAAGUGCAAUUCUUACCUCCCUUUCUCAGCUUAGUGGCAGGUUCAUUAGUUAAACUAGAGCAAACUCAUUCAUUAAAACUGUGCUUACGCUUUUAUUGGCAGCUGAUGACCUAGGUGAAGAGUAACUUAUCAGCUGCCUUCCUAUAUUGCAGUUACGUGUCAUUGCCCCUUCUGAUGUUUCCUGUAUUUGAGGUUCAACUAUUUAAAUGUGCUAUAUGACCUGGCUCUAGUUGCCAGCCAGGCAUACCCUAUAGAUAAUUGAUAAAUUCCCCAAAGCAGUUAGAUUGUCAGUGAGCCCUUCUGAAAAAUUAGGUUCUGAAGUACAUGCCAUAAUUGAACAGUCCUUAGGCCUACUUAAUAUAAAAUGUAAUGGGACAAAUGUGAGCUGGUAAAGAUCUGUCUUUUAUAAGUGAUACUGGAUUCUUUGAAAAUUCUUCAAGUUCUUUAAUUUGAAAUUGAAACAAUUUUAGAGUUUUUGGAAGUUAUUAAGUAUUUGACCGGUUUUACAAAUGGAUUUUGUAUUACCAGGAAGAUUGGAAUGCCUUGUGGCUGGGUUAAUUCCCAGAACUCUCUCCUUCCCUCCUUUUCUAAGUGAGUUGUUGAUUUUAGGAGUUUGCUUUGUGCUGGUUCCUAAAAUCAAAGACUAUGUGUGCAGUAUGACUUCCAUCUGAACUAGAAAAGUAUUAAAAUAGGCCAAUAUUUACAUUCUUUUAGAUCUGAGGACGGGGAAAUGGGCUUAUUCAAAUGAUAAGGUAAAUCCUACCCAAUUAAGGAAAACUAAUAUUAGGGUUCUUCUAAUUUGCUUUUGUCAACUCUUAACUUGUAAAACUGCUGUAACUUGGUUUAAAUUUUAAAAUUAGCAUAAUAAGAACACUACAGUAUAUACUGGUAACUGCUUAGAGCCACAUUCUGAUCCUGUGGAUUACAAAUUUCAUUCCCACUUUCUGCUGUAACUCACCACUGCAUUUGUUUUGUAGCUCUGCAUAUUCUGCCCACCUUGUUUGUCUUCACUAUAAGUUUAAAAUAAGAUAUUUCCAAGGAAAAGCUUCAGUGCCGAUAGUUUCUUAGCAACUCCUAUUCUUACACCCUUAUUUUAAAAUAGAGUCCUUUCAUUUUGUCUAUUUAUAUAAUUUCCUAAGUUUCAGAUUUAAUAUCUGUUGUUUCCUAACAUGUUGUUUACCAGAACAUCAGAAUUUCGCCUAAUUUCUUGUGGGUAUUACAGAAGUUCUGGUUAAAUUACAACUUAAAAGUUUUUAAAAGUUCUUUGAGCAUAUGUAUGUUUAUGUUUAGUAACAAGUCAUUGAAAACCAUUCACAAAUUUUGGUUUAAUUUUUUCCCUUUGUUUUACUGACUGUAAUUCAGAAUGAAAGUUUUUUUUCCUGUAUUUAACCCUUUUUUAUAAGCAGCUGAAGAUACCAUAUUUAACUCUAUAUCUCAGUGGUAGGGAAAUAGCUGCACUGAUCUUACAUGAGCAUUAAUAUUUUAUGUGGGAUUACUAGUACAAUCCCUCUUUAUUGUGUUUAAGUUAAAUCUGCUAUAAGAAGAAAAUUAUGAGUCUUAAACAUCCUUGUUAUUUAAUUUGAAGAUUCUUUAACAGAUCACAGCAAAAGUUCAUUAUAAACUGUUACAGUGUCUUCAAAGACUUGAUCAAAUACAGAGAGAGAAUUGGUCUGUCUGUAUAAUGUAUUUCCAUUAGUUGCCAAAAGGAAUGAGGUUAAGAUUCAACUUGUUUCCAUUCUUUUUAUAUGGAUAUACAUCCCCAUGAUUAACUGACACACGGGGCUCAGUUGUGUGCUGUAAUGUCUUAUUAAAGGAGAUAUUAAA